AUGGAUGACUGUAAGUACAUAAUAAGUAAUAGACCGUCACAUGACGUACAAGCAAAUGUACUGAUUAAAACCAAGGAAAGCAUUUCAUCAAAUGAACUUCAUCGAUUGUUAAGUUCAGGAGGCGAUGAACGUCUAUUGAUUGACUCGUCAACUGGUUUGAAUAUGUAUGGUUGUCCGUUAGGUCCAACAAAUCCAACGAGUUCAAUUUAUUUGUCAUCAUCGACGGCGACUCCUAUUUCCACCGGCGCUUUCAUUCAUCUUACCGAGAUGAUGAACAAUCUAAAUAAGAUCAACGAUGAUAAUACUAUGGAUACGAAAAUGGAAGAACUCCGGCAAGAGUUACUUGACUAUUUCGGAUUGGCAUCAGCUGAUGUUGAUAUUGUUUUUGUCCCAUCGGGAACUGAUGCAACACUUCAGUCGGUUUUUCUUGCCAAACUAUGUUUACCAAGAUCAACAACAAUAUUAACGAAUCUAGUUCUUGCUGCUGACGAAGCAGCAGGACGUGUUAUAAAUGCUGCUUCUGGUUGUCAUUUCAAUACGAAAAAUAUUCGCGGCGAAGAUAUCAAUAAAGGUACGCCCAUCGCGUGUCUACAUGGAUCGAAUGGGAAUACUAGUAUUCAAUGUGUCGAUCUUUCUUAUGAAAAAUGUCGCGAUGAAGCAUUCAUCGAGCAAUGUGUCAAUGAACUUAUACAUGGCAAUGAAGAUAUACACAUUUUUCUACACGCUAUUGACACAUCGAAACUAGGUAACAGAACGCCUAGCAAUGAUUGUAUCGAUCGUAUAGAAAAAAAAUACACCAAGGAUCUAUUAACUGUCCUUAUUGAUGCAUGCCAAUUUCGUAUAUCACCAUGGCGUGUACGUGAACAUAUCAUUCGUGAUCGAUUUAUUACUCUCACUGGUUCAAAAUUUCUUACUGGUCCACCGUUCAGCGGUGCCAUUCUGGUUCCUGCUCGUUUUCGUACUCAAAUUCAAAAUGCUCCCGUUGAUAGAUACAUGUCUAGUGAACUCGCCGCAUAUUCAGCUAUUUCAGAUUGGCCUCGAUCUUGGAGAAAUGUUCGCGAAUGCGUGGCAAAAUAUUCAUCGGUAGUAUGGCAAUCAAACGUUGGUCACUUCUUAAGAUUGACAGCAGCUGUCUUUGAACUACGUCGUUAUUUAAGUAUACCUUUGGAAUGGCGAGAACAGUUUAUUGUAGCAGCUGGUGCUGAAAUUCGAGCUGUAUUUGCUACGUUUCCAGAUUUACUUCAACCGGUUGAAAAUAUUGAAAGAAGUUCCUUUUUCGAUGAAAAUGACGCGGAAUUUCGUCAUCCGACCAUCUUUCCAUUUCGUGUUCGUCGAUUAGAUAAAACCUUUCUCGAUCAAGAAGCAAGCAAAGAUUUGUACAUCAAAUUGCAACGUCCAACAGAUGUUCAUCCAAUAAGAUGCGUUAUUGGACAACCCGUACCUAUUGUACUUAGUGACUCAUUAGACACGACAAUGGUGUUUCGUUUGGCUAUUGAUGCGCUGACAACCGUCUAUAAACAACAAUCGAAUUCAAACAGAAAGUCUCCAGCAUUGAACACGAAUGAACAAAACCCUGAUUUAAAAUACAAAAACAUGAUAUACAACGACAAAAGUCGAAACUUUACCAUAUACUCUUCAACUAUAGUCUCAUUUAAUGUGUUAUUCACUGGAUUACCUAGGGAGAAAUAA